AGUAUUUAAAUUGUGAAGAGACUUUGCUCUGAUAACAGUCCGGAUGAUCACAGAGGAAGGAAGCUCAGUCUGGUAGAUGAAGGAAGUAAUUGUUAAUAGAAGAAGCAUAUUCAUUUCAUUGAUAGAAAUUUAAAGCUGACGUUAGAAAUGACAGAAGAAGCAUCACACAGAUCCAUGAGCCCUAGGUGGUUCCUUGUAGUCAUUGGAGGCCAUAUUUUGAUAGCGAUCCCGACAUUAUGUCUAGUAUCGCUAAUGUACACCAGACAGAGUGAAAUGAUAGACUCGGAGGACUGCAACCUUUUAGAGAGGUUCCCUGGCUAUUUCCGGAGUGAAGAGGAACUGUACGAGAACAGCCCUGCACGUUUAGUCCCCUUCACAGCUAAUUAUACUGAGGAUGACUGUAAGAGCUUAAGACUGGAAGGGAAUUCAACAAUGUGUGAAUUAAAAUUCACAUCAUUAACCUACCACGGCUGUUGUAAAACAGUUAAACAAACAAGAUACUUUGAUAAUCAAAUCAAGUGCGGAGGACAAAUGAGGACUUUGGCGACAUUUAACAACCUCAAACAAAUUUUUCAGUUUGAUAAUUGCACUCAACAACCCGGAUGUGACGGUUCCAAAUGUAGCUGUGAAAAGGACCUGCGCUCUGCCGUGUACGAUAAGGGAACGGGAACGUGUUCGGAGAGGUACGGUCUAUGCAACUUUUAUAUGAAGGGUUGCUGUAAAUGCGUGGAUUUGCCUUCACCACGCUGACCAAAAGAAUAACGAAAGGAAGACAUCUGUCCAAACUAGAUAAAACAUGCUGAGUUCAUCUACCAAUAAAUAUUGAUAUCAAGGAUGAAUAAUUCGGAUAAGAUGAUUCAUUUUCUGUCUGCGAGGUAUUUUUUUUUCUAAUGUAGUUUGGUUUGAAAAUUGGACAACUAACUUGUCCCUGCUGGCAUUAUUGCUACUGAUGAUAUUGCCGCUAUGUAAAGGCCAAAGACACUUUCAAGCACAUUUUUGAUGUAUAUAAAUCAUUGGCUAUUUUAAUUAAAAAUGGAAAUGCUGUGUUCUAAUGUCAAUUAAAAAUGUCAGCGCUGA